AUGCAUGCCAACCUAAAUGCAAAUUGCAUGCUAAAUUGGGGCCUCGUUAAAAAAACCCCUCAUACCGGACAUAUCGAGGUUGAUUUCUUAAUUGGUGACCCUUCCGUGGCUGACAACCUAUCAGACUCUAAGGUUCUGGACAGUAUUGUGUACUGUUGGAAUCCUCCUCCACUGGACUUCUUUAAGAUGAAUGUGGACGGGGCGGUGAGUAGUGUGGGGAUGGUGGCUGGUAUUGGGGGAAUUCUGAGGGACUGGAAUCGGGUGACACUGACUUCAUUUUCAGUAAAUGUAGGUCCUAAUACUCCCAUUCUAGCAGAAAUGAAGGCUAUCAAGAAAGGCAUUGACAUCUUUGUUUCAUCAGUAUGGGCUUCGAAGGGUAGGCUCAUUAUUGAAAGUGAUUCAAAGAUAGCAGUGGAAUGGAUUAAAGAUCAAAUUUCAGUCCCUGUUUAUCUGUCAAAUUUUGUGAAGGAGAUUGCGUCUACUGUUUCUUUAAAUCAGAUCAUUAUCAGGUGGAUUCCUAGGUGUUGUAAUUGUGAGGCGGACAAGCUAGCUAAGGAGGGAAUUGGCUGA